GGAUUUAUCUUGAGGGUGGUGGUGGCCACCAGAGGGUGUAAGGCAGGCAAUGGCUAAGGGGGGUAAUGGCACCUGUGAAGGAGGGCUUGGAGGUGUCACGUCCCAGCUGAGCGACAAGACCUGAGCUGGGGCCGGGGCUCCACCCCCAGCACAAAUUCUCAGAGUGGGUUUUCUCAGGGGAGAUGAGAGCAGUCAGAGAGGGAAGAUGAGAAGUCUUGAGAGAGCCAAAUGCCUCCUCAGGGUUGGAGAGGCAGGAAGCCUCCUAAUGCCUGGCGAGAAGCACUCCUGGGCUUGCCCUCCCCAUCCUGACCCAAUGCUGCUAAUGGAGCCUUGCUCCCUGCUUCCUCUCGUGGUCCCCCCUCCUCGUGGGGACCAUGACGUGUCUGGGCCUUCACCACUAGCCCGCCUCGGUCCCCGCCGCGGCGACCUGGCUUGGUUGCAUGCUCUUCCACCCAGCUGUAACGGAGCCUCGUGUGGGGCUUGCUAUGGGACUCGCUGGGCCUCAGUUCCCAGCCGGAUCAUGGUUCAUCAAACUCUUACAAGAAAAUGUAAGUAAAUACAAAGAUAAAAGCAAAGGAGCUCAGGUUGAAGUGGGACGGGGGCUCCUCAGGCUGCUGUAAGUAGAGGAGACUCAGCUGGGGGAUUUGGAGCCUGCUGGACCGGAUGAUCUCCAAAGCCCAGGGAAAGAUGUCAGGAGACCUAGACUUCCAGCCCCUUAUUAGAGGGGAAUCCUAACCCUUUGAACCAACGUCACUGGGGAUGAUGGGCAAAACCCUGAAAAAAGGACACCAGAUGGGCCACUGAAAAAGGGAUCAUUAUUGCCAUUUUGCAGAAGAGGAAACUGAGGCUCAGAGAAGCAUCAAAGGAGGUGAGGCAAGAUGGGACUCAAGGCUGUGGUGUUCAAGGGCAAAUCCCUUGCCUCUGUGCCUCAGGCCUAAGUCACCUGUUGUGGUAGCUCAGACCCUGUGUUUCUCAGGGAUGCAGUUUCUUCUGCUGUAAAGUACGGGACUUGACCAGAGCAGGAGCAGAACCUGGGCUGCCCACCUUCCUGUCGACUGGAGGCUGCGGCAGAGCCCUGGCUCCUCAUAAUGGUAACAAAGGAAUUUUUUCUCUGGACCUAAAUAGCAGUUACAGUAGAGGGCUGAUGGGAGGGGCAAGAAGGGGCGUGGCUGAGGCCUCCAGUGUCCAGGGGGCCUUCCGCACACUGAGACCCCAAGGCCCGGACUCUGUAAGUAGGGGCCACAGAGAUUCCUAGCCCCCUAGAAGCUGCAUGGACCAGCUUGGACAAUAUGUGGAGGAGGCUGGACAAGAGGCCUUUGUGUCUCCCGGGUGAAGGUCCCUGGGGCACUGCCGAGGCGGCUGAGCCACACAGGACUGUGUGUCCACCCUGCUCCCGCUCCUGGCAAGGCUGCAGCCAGGCCGCAGUCAGCUGAUGUGGAGCCCAGCAGGACUCAAGGUUCUAGGGCCCUGGGCAAGCUCCUUGGCCACAGAAACAGACCUCCUGUGCACUGGUCCAGACACUGACUGUCUAAAGCCAUACAUGGAAGGUCACUGGUUGUUGGGAGGGUGAGUGUAAUUGCCUCUAAUUCACAGAAAAGGAGGCCCUGAAAGGGGCUGGAACUGGGUCAAGGUCUCCCAGAGUCAGUGCUGAAGCUGAGCCAGAACAUGCACUCCUGACGCCUAGACCAGAAUGAGAGAGAGGGGGGCAUUCAUUCAUUCAUCCAUUCAAACAUCCAACAAGUACUGAACAACUCCUGGGACCUCUGGGACCGGUGAGAAGAAGGCAGACAGACCUGGUCCCUGCUCUCCUGGAGCUCACAGUCCAGGAAAGGGACAGACAUAGGGUCCCUGGCCACAGGAGCCACGGGAGUGGGGUUGAGGGUAGAGAAGGGAGUGAUGUCUGUGUCUGGAGUCGUCUGAGAAGGCAGCUCAAGGGAAGCAGCUGAAGAUGAUGGACCAAGAAAAGCCGAGUGUUCAGGAAAUUUCUAGUGACUCUUUCUGGCUGAGAUUAAGCACAGAGAGCACAGGGGAGGCUCCCCCCACCCUCCUCCCCAGAGGUGGAGAGUCAGAACCCUGAAUGCCCGGAUUUCCUCCUGGAAAUAGAAGGCGAGUGCUCUGAGCAAGGUGCCUGGGAAGAGUGGACACAGGUUCGGGGAAGGUCUCGCGGUGGGCAGCGACAGGGGCCACAAGAAUGCCAAACUUUGCAAAACUUUAGCGUCUCUGAAAACCACUCAUCAUCCCGUAUGAGGAAGCCCAGGGAGCCUCGGUCCCCAGGCGGUAGGACAGUCGCCGCCAGCCCCUCCCCGGGCAGCACCCGAAGCGGACGCCCUGACCCCGCGGCCCUAUCGCCCGGCAGCGUCCCCAAGUGGUUGGCGGAGUGUCUGUCGGGACGGGAGGUGGUGAUGGCUGUGCCUGGGUCUGUCCAGAGUCCGUCCCGCCCCCGGCCUGACCCGGCAGGGUAGGAAGCCGGGCGGGGCUCUCAGGCACGUGGGUCCCCGCCGCGGCGACUGGACGCUGGCGCUGGCAACCGGGAGUCGCGGCCGGGGCACUGCGGGCUGACGAGCGCCCUGCGAGGUGAGAGCGGGCCGCCUGCAGGGCCCGGAGACGAGGAGACGGCGGCGGGCGGGCCCGGAUACGCGGCCGGUGGCGGCUCAGCCGGCACCGGGCAGGCAGAGCGGAGCGCGCGGGGCUGGCCGAGGAGGCGCGGUUCCCAGCCGGUGUGAGCGCUCCGGCAGGUCCGUGGUAGAGCUGGGUCUCCACUGGAGCUUCGAUCUUGGGGAAUGUGGACGGAUACCCGCACGGAUACCCGGGUGAACGUGCACGGAUACCCGGGUAAAUGUGCGUCCGCGUAUUUGGGAAAGUCUUUGUCACUGGCACUCCACCCCCAGCAGAGGCAGGCAGCAGGAGUUUCCAGAAUGGUGAUGGGUCACUUUCCCCUGUCAGACUGGACAGGGCCAGCCAGGGAAAUGAAAUCGGGAGAAAAAGGAGGGGGAUGUUCUUCUCCGAGAUGGGUCUGAGGUUCUGCUGGGACCUGACCACACAGAGGCGUUCCUCCACCAGACCAAGAUUGGAGCAGAAGAGGCAGCCCGGGGAAGGCUCAGCCUGGCUGACUUCCCGUGACCCAGAGCCCAAGCUGUCUCCACCUCCCUGUCUCAGGAGCCCAGGCACUGCCUGCCCUGAGAAAUGCUGGAAGCUGGGCGAGGCCCCAGGCCAGGGGACCUGUUUUUCUUGUUUCCCACAGAGUUCCCUGCAGCUCGGUCCAGGGGUCCAGGCGGGUGCAUUCAUGAGUGAGGAAUCUGAGCCUGCGCUGAGCAUCCUGACAGUGAGAACAGGGGCUGGUCAGGGCGAUGGCCACAGGCCCGGGCCUCUGGAAUGGCACCAUCAAUGGCACCUGGGAUGGGGAUGAGCUGGGCUACAAGUGCCGCUUCAAUGAGAACUUCAAGUACGUGCUACUGCCUGUGUCCUACGGCGUGGUGUGCGUGCUCGCGCUGUGUCUGAACGCCGUGGCUCUCUACAUCUUCCUGUGCCGCCUCAAGACCUGGAACGCCUCCACCACAUACAUGUUCCACUUGGCCAUGUCGGACGCGCUGUACGCGGCCUCCCUGCCCCUGCUGGUCUAUUACUAUGCCCGCGGUGACCACUGGCCCUUCAGCACAGUGCUCUGCAAGCUGGUGCGCUUCCUCUUCUACACCAACCUUUACUGCAGCAUCCUCUUCCUCACGUGCAUCAGCGUGCACCGAUGCCUGGGUGUCCUGCGUCCACUGCGCUCGCUGCGCUGGGGCCGGGCCCGCUACGCCCGCAGGGUGGCCGUCGCCGUGUGGGUGCUGGUGCUGGCCUGCCAGGCACCCGUGCUUUACUUCGUCACCACCAGUGCACGUGGUGGCCGCAUUACCUGCCACGACACCUCGGCACCCGAGCUCUUCAGCCACUUCGUGGCCUACAGCUCCGUCAUGCUGAGCCUGCUCUUCGCGGUGCCCUUCGCCAUCAUCCUGGUCUGUUACGUGCUCAUGGCUCGGCGGCUGCUAAAGCCGACCCACGGGACCUCAGGGGGCCUGCCGCGGGCCAAGCGCAAGUCAGUGCGCACCAUUGCCGUGGUGCUAGCUGUCUUCACCCUCUGCUUCCUGCCUUUCCACGUCACCCGCACCCUCUACUACUCCUUCCGCUCGCUGGACCUCAGCUGCCGCACCCUCAACGCCAUCAACAUGGCUUACAAGAUCACCCGGCCGCUGGCCAGCGCCAACAGUUGCCUUGACCCUGUGCUCUACUUCCUGGCUGGGCAGAGGCUCGUGCGCUUUGCUCGGGACGUCAAGCCACCCACAGACCCCACCCCUACCACCCAGCUUCGCCGCAGGCUGGGCCUGCAUAGGUUCAACAGAACUGACACUAAGAGGACAGAAGACUCGGCCAGCAGUGAGGACUCUAGACAGAUAGAGUCCACACCGCCUGGUAGUGAAAACGCUAAGGACAUCUGGCUGUAGGACCUGAACCCCUUGGGCCUGUGCCAGUUUGUGUCGGGUGGGACUGUAGACUUGUCCAAAUGGGACAGUCUCUCCAGAUAUGGACCAUCAGUGAAUCAGGCCGGAUGGUCAAGGGGGCCGUGACCCCAGUGCUCUGUCAUUUGACAGGGGCGCAGUUUGUUCUCUGUGGUCCAGAGAGCUCAGCAGUCCCCACAUCCUGAGUCACCAUUUGUAUGUGAGAUUUGGGGAGUAAGGUUUUAAGAAAGGCAAGGGUUUGGGGCCAGCGCUGCCCCUGGCCUGAAUCCCACAUAAAUACCUGGCUGUGCCUGCCAAGGUACCUAGGCUGGGCUCCAGACUAAUCAAGUCAAGUGGAGAAACAGGCCCAGAGAGGAAAGUGACUUAACCAAGGUCACACAGCCAAGCCUGUGCCUGAGCUGCCUGGGAGGGACAGGGUCGCAGGUUGACCAGAGGACGCUGGUAAGGAGUCAGGGCUGAGCCAGAGGUUCCCACGAUGAGUCGGAGUGGUCUGAGUGCCACUGUGGGCUCAGCUCUGAGGGGGACGCCCAGCCCAAGGGAUGAACGUCUGGGAACUGAUGUCAUAAACCCAUCUGGAGGCUGGGAGCCAGUUUGAGGCUGGGACUUGUACUAAAGGUGUUGUUACCUGCUGAGCCGGACCCCGCUGUGUAGUUGGAGGUUGGGGAUACAGCCUGGGGAGCUCUCACCAUCCACACUAGGGUCCUUUCUCCAACCUGUUCUCUUCCGCCUCCCCAGUAGCUGCCUCAGUGGUGGUCUCACACGAGGAAUAUAAAUGUACUCUCCAGACCCCAGGUCAUCCUCCACUUUAAAGUUAACUGGCUUUUAUGCCUGGUUUUGCUGGGUACAGAGGGGAGUCAGGUGGGGUCCCAGUCCUCAGGAUCCCCCAGUUUAGGAUUUAAUGGCAAUGACCAGUCAUGCGCUGGUAAAAGUUCAACCAUUUAGCUGACUCUCGGCGGGGGGUGCGGGGGUGAGGGGAACCCAUUAUUUGCAGCAUUGCCAGUUUCUGUGGUACAGAUACUCCUGCCACAGCCAGUUUCAGACUACCAAUGUGAUAUCAGCCUCCUUGCAAAAUUCCUGAAAAAUUAACAGAGGCCUCUUGAGAGCAGGUACAAGUUUCUCUAGCACACCACUGGAUAAUGCUGAGUGGUUGGGGCAGUGGACCAGGGCAUCAGGGAAGGCUUCCUGGAGUGGGUGGACUUCUGAGAAAAGCACUUCAUCAGAGAAGAACAUCCAGGUGCAGGUGCGUUCUAGGCAAAGACAUGGCGGCAGGAGAGCAGGGCCUGCAGGAACUGGAAGCUGGCUGGGCAGUUGGUACCCAGGUUCAAGGCAGGAAUGGGGAGGGUGGGCGGGUCACAAGGAGGCCAAGUCAGGGCUCCCUCCUUGCCCUGACCAUGAGGUUUCUUUUGCACUGGGGAUAAGCGUGGGAGAGAUUCACUCUUCCUGUCCAGUCCUCUUCCUCUUGGGAAAAUCCAGCUACCCGACAUAAUGGUUGGUGCUCAGGCUGGGUCAGAGCUUAGUGUAGGGGGGAUGAGUGUCACCUGGGACAGGUUCUGGGUCUAGCCAGGACCACUCUGGAGAUGUGUGGAGUUCAUCUGGACAGGGCCCAGCCCUAGCCUUUGGGCAGGAAUAGGGCAAAACUGACAGACCUCACUUUGAACCUCAAGGAUAAGGACUCUCUCUCUCUCUCUCCCUCUCUCUCUCUCUCUCCCUCUCCCUGUGGGAGAGCCCUUGCCCGAUGGGCCCACUCUGCCUGAGAGAAGGUCCUUCUCUCCCCACCCCACCUACACCUACCUCCUAUGACUUCUCCACCCUUCCCACUCUGCCUCUUCAAAACGGCACCCCCCAGAGGUUGCUCACAUGGGCUCCCCCAUGUGACAGGGACCUGUCGUAAGCCAUGACCCAAAUGAUUCCUCUGCACUGUGCAAUGUGGGUGACUUGCCCAAAGUAGUGUGAAAUGCUCACCUCCCACAUUCUAGGUUCUAUACUCCUGUUAAUGUAGCCCGGGUCCUUAUGAGCAUUUUUGUGAUGAUCUCUUACAGUCUGUCCCUGAACAUUUCUUGCAGGCCUGAGCCUAUCUCUUUCUUACCAGCUGCUGCUCAGGCUGAACCCAAUCCCAGUUUAUAAGAUGCCUCUACCCAUGUGAGAUACUCUACUGGCCAGGAGUGUUAAUGCUGAGCUCUGACCCCCUCAGCCCUGCUCAGACUCAGAGGCAGGGAGUUAUACAUUGUGACUUUGGGGGCUCUCGAGUGUCUAUCUGUGGUUGGGGAUGGGGCUGUGUCCACCACAGGCCCAAGUUCCCCUAUAGUCCCCAUUCCUUUCAUGUCCUGCCCAGUUACCCCUCCAGCAGCUGUCCUGGAGACCCCAAGAACUGAGAGCCCCACAGCACAUAGAGACCACACUAUGGCCUAGUGCCAGGAUGCCUUCCUUAAAGCAACUGCCUACAGAUUUCUAAGGACACAGGAGCUAGGGGACAGGAGGGCCUGACUCACCAUCUAAUCCUGUGGCAGGCACUGGUGGGGAUGGGGAAUGAAGACCCUAAGGGAACCAGGGACAGGCCCAGGGCCCCUCCUGCAGACCCUAGUCAAACCGUCUGGCUCUUCGGUGUGGACAUCUGGCCUUGUUCUCAGUGCCCAGGCCCCCCGCCUGGUGGGUGAGGUUCUUUACUCUGUUGCCGUAUACUAUUUUCAGCCCAAGUAAGAACAGGAUUUUCCACUCCCAGUCCCAGACCAUUGUCCAGCAGUGACGUGGAGGGACCUGCCUGCUCUCAAAAUAUCUCCUCUUACUCUCUGGGCCUUGCUGCCCUUUCCCCACCUCCUCGCCCUGACAUCACUUCCUGGGGCUGUUGACUCCUGAAGGACGCUGUGAAAGGUCACAGCCCCUGACAGGGACCCCAGGGAUUAUCCAGCCCAGCUGCAGACUCAAGGCCAGAGAGGGGCAGGGCCUUGUCCAAGGUCACUCAGCAGGUUGGCGUGGCGCCUGGUCGUGCGCCAGGGGCUCGGGCUGCCCCUGCAGCUCUGCUCCAUUUAGUGCAGGUCAGUGCCUUUGUGGGAAUCCUGCCAUCACCCCCACCACCCCAGCUCUUCCCACCUCUGAUGGAGCUGGGGAGCUGAGGCCAGGGACCUGGGGCGGAGUGGGGCGGGGAGAGCAGCUGAGAGGAGUAAAUGCCUGCUGACUGGCCUACAGCAGCUCUUCUCAGUGAGCUCCGUGCAACGGGGGCAGGGGCCCUGGCACAUAGGGGUCUCUGCCCCGGGUGGCAUUUGUCCCAGGAGGGACACUCUUACCCUCCAAAGGCUAGGAAAGGCCCUGGCCAACAUGCCCUCCAGACACAGUUACUCCUAUCUUGGUCCAAGUCAGGCCACCAAAGCUACCCCUCUGCCACCACCCUUGUCAAGGCAGAUUUGGGCUGAUCUGUUUAGAGCCAGGCCCCUGAGGAAGGGAGCGAAGGUACUGACCCGCGUCCCGGGCACCAGGCAGCGCCCUGUCACAUCCAUUAUUCUUUAUUCUUUACCACCACCGUGUGAAAUAGACAUUAUUACCCCCAUUUAGCAGAUGAGAGGACAGGCUCUGAGAGGUGAGGACUUGCUCCAGGUUAUACAGGCAGUAAACGGGUGAGUCAAGAUUGAGUUCAGGUCCAUCUGAUGCCCAGAUUAGUUCCCUUUCCAGUAUCGCAUGCCACUUGCAACCCCUGCGGGGCAGGAGAGUUUGUAAGCGACCCUUUGUGUGAUUCAAGAUGAGAGAGGCAGUCUAGUGAGGAUGGAGUUAAGAGCACCCGUUCUCUGCCCAGACCACCUGCGUUUGAGGGUUGUCUCCACUUCUUCCAGCUGUGGCACCUUGGGCAAAUCAAUCUUGCAGCACCUCCAUUUUCUCAUUUCUAGAAGGAGAUGCUACCUCCCACGUAGGGCAUUGGGAGGCUUACCUGAACGAAUACACAUGAAGCACUUAGAACAGGACCUGGCACAUGAUAAGCGUUUACACACCAGGCACUGUGCCAAGGGGAUACAGAGGCGAGCCAGCUGGACCCUGCCCUCAGGGAGUUGACAUAACUUAAUAAGUAACCACAUUGGGAUAAGUGAGUUGAAGGAAAGGACAGUGUGUCCGGCCAGUGAGCAAGAGAGUGUCCCCUGUGGGUGAGGCUUCCCCAGGGUGUGGCGGGAAAGAGCAGGUCCAUCCUGGGGUGAGGUGUGGGACCACCCUCUGCCCUGCUUGGCACUGGGUGGCUCUCAGGCUCAUGAGCUUGUGUGUGUUUACAGAACCUUGUCCAGGCGAUGGGCUGUGGAAGGGCAGUAAGGAGAAGUGAUGGCAGGAGGAGGAAGACGAGGAUGCCUCUGAUCUUCCAGAGCCCUCCCCUAUGGGCUUGAGGGCUCCCACCCACCCAUGGUAGCAGGCUUAACCAUUUCUCCCAGACUGGUGGUGCCCACCACAGGGUGCUGCAGCCUCUCCUUGGUUUAUCCAAGAGUCAGAGACCCAGGGCUGGAGGACUGGCCUGGAGCUGGGCCAGAGCAGGCAAUGGAUGGGCAGUUUUUGCUGUGUGACCUGAGGCCAACUGCUUGCCCUCUCUGUGUCACUCUAUAGAACCUGAAGACCUUGCUUCCCACAUUCCAGUUCUCCCUACCUUAGGGCAGCAGCCACCCAGAUUUUUCAUCAAAGACACAACUAACAGCUACUCCCCCAGGCACUCCCAAGACCCCAUGAGCCCUCAGUUCUGAGGACUAGAGUGGGGCAGUGGGUCUCCCCUAGUAUCAAGUGACCAGAAAGGUGAAGUGACUCCACUGGCACCACACAUUGCCUUGGAGUGGAGCCAGUUGAAUGUCUGAUGCUUCUGCCUCCUGUGGGGUGGAGGCUGGAACUUGGCCAGGAGUCACUGGGCUGCAGGAUGAAGGAUGCAUUUACCUUCCCCAGCGGUAUGUGCUUGAGGUGUGGGGUGAAGGGUGAGGGAAAUGAGCUCAUCCUCCUCUGUCCUGAUGCACCAUGUGACAUGGUGAAUUUUUUCUUUCUGGGCCUCAGUUUCCAAUUUCCCCAUAUGCAGCGGGCCCUGGCUCUGCCCGGCCACUCCAGCCUCUUCAGUAGGGCUCGCCUCUCUCUUGGCUCCAGCUCAGCCAGGUGUCCAGUCUCAGCCCUGUCCCAGCCAGGAACAAUGGGCCAGACCAAGCCAGCCCCCAGGGGCUCACCUGAGACUAUUUUCAGCCCUUGGAGAUGAAGUCAGAAAAGGAUUUUCCACUCCCAGCACAAUGGCUGCCCUGCACCAUUGUCCAGCAGGCAUCCGCCUGCCCCAAAGUAUCGCCCCUGCUUCUACCCUCUGGGCCUCCCUGCCCUACUCCUCACUUCCCAAACUUGACAUCACUUCCUGGGCCUGUUACUCCUAAAAGCCACUGUGAAACAGCAUGUGAGCCCCCUGGGAGACCUGACCAACUGGAAUCAGUUUUCCCUCUUGGCAGGGACCCCAGGGAUUAUUUGGCUGCAUUGAGAGACGGGAGACCAGAGAGGCCUGUGCCUCACCCAGGGUCAUGCAGCGGUCAGCAUGGAGACGAAAUGUGAGGCCAGGGCUCUCUGGCUUCUUCCGUUUCCUCCAUCAGCACUGGUCUGUACCUCCUGGGAGUGACAGCUCAUCUUGGAAGGCCUGGGGUGGACAUCCUGGGGAGAAGCCUGAGUGAUGUGGGUGAGAGGGGGUGUACCUUGGGUUCUGACCUUGGAGCUCCCGAUUCAGUCCUGUUUGUACCAACUGUGACUUUAGUGUGUGCUGAACUCAGAGUCACCAAGUAGCAGCUUCAGGGAAAGGAGGAGGUCUGGGGACACAGGGAAGCUGAGGCAGGAAGAUCAGGGUUCUGGCCCAGUUUAGCCACCACUAGCCCUGUGAUUGCAAACUCAGUUUCUUCAUCUGUAAAAUGGAACUGAUAGUACCUCCUUUUCCAGUUUACUGAACAGUGAGCAUGCAGUAAGGCACAAAUGUGCAACUGUUUUAUUUUUCUCCCAUCGACUCUCUCUGCUUGAUGACGUCUAAUGUCCCUUUUCCAUCCACAACUGCAUAUUUGGUAAACUCCACAACUUUGAGUCACUUUUGGAUAACAACUGAAGUUCAGUCCAGUUUAAAAUUCCAAUCGCCUACUUAAUUUACUGCUCCCUCCUCCUCUUCCCCUGCGCUGGGAGGACCCUGCUCCCUCUCCUUUGCGUGCCCCUCUCCUCUGGAUGUGGGGCAAGGUGAGGAGGAAAGGGACCAGUGGAUCAUCCCCAGAACUGCCACAGCCCCCUCUUGCUGUCCUUGCUUCUCUGAUCCUGACAACCUGACAUCAGUGCCCCUCUGCAUGGAAUCUCCCGAACACCAGACCACACUUUUGUAAAAGUCUCUUCAUUAAACAAUCCCAAAGUCAC